UCGGCCAGGAGGUCAUCACAAACAUGGCGUGGAGAGGACGUGUAUUGAAAUGGACUAAAACAGAGUUCCUCAGAUCCAGCAACACCACUCCACGGUGCACCAGACUGAACCCAAACAACCAACAGAGGUGUGGUUUCCGUCGGGAAGCCAAAAGGCCGGAGACAAAAAAAGGAAAUGUCACCCAAGAAACAAAACCUCCACCCUCUGAGGCCGGCACACCGGGACCCCCACCUCCUCCCAAAGUCCCCCGGCCGACGCUUUUCAAACCUCUGAUGUUCACCGUCGGGUUUACAGGUUGCUCCUUUGGUGCCGCGGCCAUUCUGCAAUACGAGACCCUGAAGUCAAAAGUUCAGAAUGCAAAAGAUGAAGAGGAGUACGAAAAACUCUUAGAGGGGUCUCAGGGCAUGGCGUACUGGCACGACUGGUGGAACCAGUUGUCGGGCUUCCAGCAACAGCUCAUCCUCCUGAUGUCUGUGUCGGAUGAAUUCUGGAGCAGCCUCACAGAGGGCCAGAAGACCGUCACAGGAAUCAUCGCAGUAAAUGUUGUCGUCCUGUGUUGCUGGCGGAUUCCUUCUCUGCAAAGAAGCAUGAUUAAGUACUUCAUGUCCAACCCAGCCUCCAAAACACAGUGCCUUCCCAUGGUCCUGUCCUCCUUCAGCCAUUACUCCGUUGUCCACUUGGUGGCCAACAUGUACGUCCUGUGGACAUUCUCUACAGGAAUUGUCUCUCUCUUAGGCAAGGAGCAGUUCCUUGCAUUCUACCUGUCUGCCGGUGUGAUUUCAACUAUGAUCAGCUACAUGUGUAAAACUGCGACCGGACGUCUCCAUCCAUCCUUAGGAGCAUCGGGGGCCAUCAUGGCAGUACUGGCCGCAGUUUGUACAAAAAUGCCAGAAGCCAAAAUGGGCAUAAUCUUCCUCCCCAUGAUCACUUUCACUGCGGGAAAUGCUCUGAAAGCGCUUGUUGCCAUAGAUACAGCAGGGCUCAUACUGGGAUGGCGGUUAUUUGACCACGCGGCUCACCUCGGCGGAGCCCUCUUUGGAAUAUGGUAUGUGGCAUAUGGUCACAAGCUGAUUUGGAGGAAGAGGGAGCCCCUUGUGAAGCUGUGGCAUGACAUGCGUUCUCCAGGUGCCGGUGGAUCCAGGCCAGGAGGUUGAUGGUAGUGGACCUGGACCACAAUGAGACACUGCAAGGUCUCUUGGAUCCUUUUUUUUUAAAAAAGAACUGGAGUCCACAGUUACCCCAAAAUAUGCAGGGACACGUUUAUCCACCAAGAGUUAGUCGGGUGUUAUCGCUUAUUAAUAAAUAUAGUUUUUCAUUCAAUGUGAUUGAGACGUGAAAUUUGAAAAACGGGCCAGACCUUGCAAUCCAGAUGUUUACCGUGGAGACUGAUAACAUCUGCUACCCGACAAGUAUAGCCUUCGAGCUACAACGUGAAACAAAUCACCGCUCUCCUACCUCCUGAAUAAUCUGACGAUGUUCUUUAUGUUGGAUUUCUGCCGUUCGUGUUAUUGAAAACAUUUGCACAAGCCUGGGCGCAUACAGAGUGCUGGUAGAAUUCAGUGAGCGGAUCAUUUGCUGAAUUCAAUGUAAUAUACAGUCCUGUGGGCUGGUCUUGUGUUGCUAUUAAAAA